AUGGAAACGCCAGCGACGCCAACGGUGUCUCGCAUCGCAGUGCCUACUCCAUCAGCUUCUCAAAUCCCAUCUCCACAUUAUGCGACGACACGUCGCCAUAGUCUUUAUGGGACAGAAGACCGCGUUGUCAUUGAUCCCGGCUCGAGGGUUUGGAAAGUAGGUUUCAGCGGUGAGGGGAGGCCCCGAGAGGUUUUCGUGACAGUCGGCGGCAAGGAUGGGACAUCUUUAUGGUCGUCUUCUUCUCAAGGGAAUAAAUCGAACUCUGAGAGAGAAGAGGAUCAGAUUAUAUUGAGCCAUCGUCUUCAGGAUAUUCUGCGUUCCAUAUUCUUUGAUUCACUCUUGACGGAUCCACGAUCACGAAAGGUCAUCCUCGUCGAGCAUCCAAUGCUUCAGCUGGCUGUGAAAGAAGCACUGGCACAAGUUAUGUUUGAGAAUCUACAGAUACCCUCUAUUUCCUUCGCCCCAAGCCAUGUCCUAGCCAUGAUGGCUGCAGGACGGCUGACUGGCCUAGUAUUGGAUUGUGGAUACCUGGAGUCAACCGUUGUGCCGAUAUACGGUUCGCGCCCACUUUAUUCCGCCAUGCGCACCUCUCCCCUUGCCGGGGCUCGUUUGAAUACCCACCUCCGAUCCCUGUUGAUGCUUUUCGGUACAUAUCUCGGGCCCAUGGGAGUUGUAGGGCAGAAUCCAAAGCCAUCAGCUGUGCCUGAGGACGCACUGCCCGAAUCCAUUAUCGAGGACAUGAAAACACGAUGCUGCUUUGUGGGCAGUCCCAUUUUGCUGAGCCGAAGUCUACCUCGUCUACAAGGCCCAUCUGAGUCUGCUGCCACUGAAGAUCUCAUGUCUGUAGACCAAUCAGAAACUAGCACUGACGUUGAUCCUGGACAGCCAUCUAGCCAGAGUCGGACAUCGGAUUCCAGUAUGACAGGACCAAGCACUCAAAUCCACGCCAUGAAAGAUCUCUACGUGCGUCACUCGACUGCAACCGAUCUGAACGUGAAAAUACCUGCACCUGGUAUGGCCCCUACAGGCCCCGGUACAACAACAUUCACUCGGGCGUCACUACUGGUACCUGGCUGGAUUAGGGAAAGGGCCGCUGAGCUUCUUUUCGAGGAUGGAGACGUAGAUGAAGCCAGCGUAGCUGAGGUCAUUUUGGACUCCCUAUUGAAGGUGCCAGUUGAUCUCCGAAAGGAGUUUGCUUCUUCGAUUGUGGUUGCAGGAGGCACUUGUAUGCUUCCCGGAUUUAUUCCGAGACUUCAAGCCGAGCUCAUCCGACUUCUCUCCCCUCCCUUAAGGAAUACGCUCAAUGUUGAUGACCCUGCUGUCACUGAGGCUUCUCAUCCUCCCUCAAAACUAUCGCCUCCUAUCUAUGAUGUCUAUGCCCCUCUCCGUCCCUUAUCCCCUCACAUUGCAAUCUUAAAUAACCCUGAUCCUCCGGCGACGCAAUCGACACUUGCACGAGCACACGCUGGUAGAGCUCCAGCUUUUGCCCCAGCUGCGCUACAGUGGAUCGGCGCAUCACUUGCAGGAGCCAUGAAGACAGGUGGAGAAGAAAUUACUCGAGAGAAGUGGGACGAAGCCUUAGAGGAUGUGUUUGAAAAUACCCCCAGUGCCCCAGUGCCCGUUUCUCCUGGAAGCGCCGGAAGUAACCCACGCAAGGGAUUCAUUAUUCCGGAUUGGACCAGAAUCCCACUGUCACAAGGUGCUCCGAGUGUUCACACUCCUGCGUAA